CUCGAAUACUGUGCUUCACUUCCGUUUCGCGGGUAAAUUCUUCAUAAUAAUCGGUAGAUGGUCCGGUUACUAUCGAAUUGUACAUAUAAUUCAGCGAGAAUUACGUAAAAAUCCAAGUACUGAUAAAAGUUGUUCUGAAAAGGAUUGAGAAGAAAACAUGCAUGUAUUAAAACGCGAUGGACGUAAAGAACCUGUUCAUUUCGAUAAAAUUACUGCAAGAAUCGAGACAUUAUGUUAUAGUUUGGAUAUGAAUUAUGUGGAUCCGUCUGCGAUUGCGCUUCGUGUUAUAACUGAUUUGUAUUCUGGAGUAACUACAGUUGAAUUGGAUAACUUAGCAGCUGAAAUUGCAGCAAGUAUGAUAAAUCAACAUCCAGAUUACACAACUUUGGCAGCUAGAAUUGCCAUAUCUAAUCUGCAUAAAGAAACAAAAAAGAUUUUUAGUGAAGUGAUGGCUGAUUUGUAUUAUGCAAAAAGCUCCGUUACAAACAAAUGUAAACCUAUAAUUAGUGAAAAGUAUCAUAAAAUUAUCCAAAGCAAUGCAGACAAAUUGAAUUCUGCAAUAAUAUACGACAGAGAUUUCAACUAUAGUUAUACUACAUUUAAAAUGUUGGAAACUAAACACUUAUUAAAACUAAAUGGAAAGGUUGUUGAAAGACCACAGCAUAUGCUGAUGCGAGUUGCUGUAGCUAUUCAUGGUGAACACGUCGAUAAAGCUAUUGAAACAUACAAUUUUCUAUCAAAACAAUAUUUUAUACAUACUGCACAAACAUUGGAUACUGCAUGUACCACUAAACAACAAAUGGCUAGCUCAUUUCUAUUGACAAUGUCUGGGGACAGUAUAGAUGGAAUAUUGGAUACAUUACAAAGAUCUGCUAUUCUUUGUCAUCAUAAUGGUGAGAUAGGAUUUAAUGUACAUUGUAUUCGAGCAAAAAAUACUCCUAUAAGAGGCACUGGAGGAGUAUCAAAUGGAUUGGUACCUAUGUUAAAAGCAUACAAUACAUCUAUUGCAACUGUUUCUAAAAUUGAUAAAAAUCAAGAACAAAUUACUGUAUAUUUAGAACCAUGGCAUGCUGAUAUCUUUGAGUUUUUGGAUCUUAAAAGAAAUAUUGGUGAGGAGAAACUGAGGGCUAAAGAUAUGUCUUAUGCAUUGUGGACUCCAGACUUAUUCAUGCAACGUGUUUUUAGUGAUGGUGAUUGGAAUCUGAUGUGUCCACACGAAUGUCCUGAAUUAAUUGAAGCAUAUGGUGAAGAAUUUGAAACUUUAUAUACUAAAUAUGAAAAAGAAGGACGUUCUCGAAAGCGGAUUAAAGCCAGGGAUUUGUGGCUUCUUAUCAUUAAUAUACAAAUUGAAACAGGAUCACCAUAUAUAGUUUUUAAAGAUCAUUGUAAUCGUAAAUCGAAUCACCAAAAUCUGGGCACAAUUAAAUGCAGUAGUUUCUCCACUGAGUUUGUUCAGUAUUCAAGUUCUGAUGAGAUUGCUAUGUGUAAUACAGCUUCAAUCGCUGUCAAUAUGUUUGUGAAUUCAACUAAAAGAAUUUUUGAUUUUUAUAAACUUAAAGAAAUUGUAAAAAUUGUCACUUACAAUUUGGAUAAAAUAAUUGAUGCUAACUUUUAUCCUCUCCCAGAAACAAAAUUGUCUUGUGAGAAGCAUAGAUCUAUUGGUAUCAGUGUACAAGGAUUAGCGGAUGCAUUUAUCUUAAUGAGAUAUCCAUUUGAAAGUAAAGAAGCUCGUGAACUCAAUAUCAAAAUUUUUGAGACUCUCUAUUAUGGUGCUCUAGAAGCUAGUUGCGAAAUAGCUAUCGAGAAAGGUCCUUAUGAAUCAUAUGAAGAUAGUCCCGUUAGUAAAGGUAUUUUGCAGUAUGAUAUGUGGAAUGUAAAACCAACAGAUUUAUGGGACUGGGAUACAUUAAAGGCAAAGAUUGCAAAACAUGGAGUGCGCAAUUCUUUAUUAAUAGCGCAAACGUCAGAUGCAUUUAUGGCACAAAUGUUAGAAAAUAAUGUAUCAGUUGAGCCAUACACAAGCAACUUAUAUGUGAUACAUGCAUUAUCUAAACAGUUCCGAACUGUUAAACCACGUUUAUUGCGAGAUUUAAUUGAAAAAGGUCUUUGGGAUGAAAACAUGAGUAAUAAAAUCAUUAAUAAUGGCGGAACUAUACAGAAUAUCAAUGGUAUUCCAGACGAAUUAAAAUUACUCUAUAAAACGUCUUGGGAAAUGCCACAAAAAAUUAUUUGUAAUAUGGCUGCUCUUCGUGGACCUUUUAUCGAUCAAUCACAAUGUUUAACUAUUCACAUGACUGAUCCAUUAGAAAAGCUUACAUCUAUGCAUUAUCAUGCUUGGGAAAUCGGCUUGAAAUCCAGCAUGUGCCAUCUCAUAACCAAAUCGGAUUUGCAGUAGAAUAAAAUAAUAAAAAGAUAAUAAAAUCAAAUAAAUUCAGAUAAAAAGCAUAAAAUAUAUAUCGAAGAGUAAAAUAAGACAUAAUACAAGAAUUUUCUUACAU